GCCAAUGGUUUAAAUGAAAAAUCCGAAAAAAACAUUUCACUUCUGGAUUCCAGUAAUACAAAAAAGGAUUUGGAGUAUGAUUUGGUGCCUCCAGAUGGCGGGUGGGGUUGGCUCGUUUUAGUUGGAUCUAUGCUGGUUAAUAUAUUAAUACCAGGAACUAUUAAAAGUUUUGGUGUUCUUUUCAUCGAAUUUUUAGAAGCAUUCCAUGCUUCACCCGCAACGGCAGCCUGGAUACCCGCUCUCUGUUAUUUUUUAUACAGCUCUCUAGGACCCGUGUCCAGUAUUCUUUCAGUGAAAUAUUCGUACAGGACUGUUACUAUACUGGGCGGGGCGUCGGCCGCCUUAGGUAUGAUUGCUUCAUUUUGGGCUUCAUCAGUCGCUUAUUUGUACUUAAGUUACGGCGUUUUAGUUGGAAUUGGCGCUGGUCUAUCUUUUCCACCCACCGUUUAUAUAGUUACGUCCUAUUUUGUGAAACUGCGUGGUCUUGCCAAUGGUCUCUGUAUAUCGGGAAGUGCUUUGGGUUCAAUUAUAUUGCCACCUGUUUUAAGAUGGCUUUUGGAAACUUACGGCUACAGAGGCGCUGUUCUUAUAAUGGGGGGUGUGACUCUGAACGUGUUUGUAGCUGCUAUUUUCUACGAGCCCGUUGAACAGCAUAUGAUACGCGUACCCAGAGUAAAUAAAACUUUAGAAAAUAUCGAAGAAGAAGAUAUAGGUAUUGUCUUGGAGUUCGAAGCGGUGGAUGUAACAGUUAAUGAAACUCCCGGUCGUGCCGGCACUAAUAUAUUAGAUGAUAAUUUGCCUAAUAAACAAAUGUUACCGUAUAGUACACCGCCUUUGCAGUCACCUGAAUUGCAAAAUUAUGAUCUAAUGAACGACGAUUCCCAAUUUGUGAGAAGUGCUUCUGCUGCAGUUGUACAAAAUUUCAUUAAAAAUCAAGAUGAUGUUAAUAAUUUAUCACCCUCCUCACGCGUACGCAAAGUGAGCACUCCAGUGCGCUUGCCGCAACGAAAUCAAACUUUUACGCCCGGCCAGCUAAACUCACAAGCGUCAUUAUAUGUGGUGCCUGAGACGGGGAGAUCAAGUAACAAAUUAGAACGCCUUAACACUUUACGUAACAAUUCAAAAAAUCGUUUGUCACGCCGCUCCCCAUCUACUAGCAGUUUUCAAUAUAUUAGUACACCAUAUCACGGAAGUACACUUUCAUUUCAGCCAAAGGAGUUUUCAUCGCAUCUUUCUUUGAAGUCGAUUGCCAGCGGUAAUGCAACCAAUGCUUUGGCUGAUGGUGUUUUAGAAAGCACUGCAAGUGUUGAUGGUGAAUCCCUUACAGGAAAGCGCACAAAAUUUUUUGAUCUUGGACUUUUGAAAGAUCCUACCUAUUUAGUUAUAUUAAUUUCAAACUCAACAAAUGCUAUAGGAUACACUAAUUUUAUAAUUCUCUUGCCUGCUUAUGGAGUAGCUUUGGGAUUUGAUAAGUCAUUAGCGGCUUAUUUGAUUUCGAUAGUGUCAGCUACGGAUCUUAUCGGACGAAUUGGCGGUUCGGCGUUAUCAGAUUUAGGAUUCAUACCGAAAACUUGGUAUUUUAUUGGUGGCUUGGCCAUUUCGGGAGUUUCUUUGGCGCUACUACCGUUUUCCAUCAGCUAUAUGAUGGUCAGUUUUUGGUGCGCUCUAUUCGGUUUAGCUUCUGGAGUUUAUGUAGGCAUUACUGCUGUUAUUAUGGCGGAUCUAUUAGGGACUGAGCGUCUUACCUCCUCAUACGGCAUUAGUCUAUUCGUUAACGGCAUUUUACAGCUAAUUGGUCCUCCUCUCUGCGGAUUUUGGUUUGAAGCUGUGCAGAAAUACAAUCCGCUCUUCCAUACACUCGGUCUCAUCCUUAUGGCGGGUGCUAGCUUAUGGAGUUUUAUGCCAAUUAUUAAACGCUACAAAUAUCAGCAAGAAGAAAUGGAAGCAACAGAAUGAACAAAUGAUUAAGAGAUGAUAUAUUUUUUAUUUUAUUUUUUAGUAUUUUCCUUCUUGUUUUUUGCAAAUGGAGCACGUACUUGAACUUAACCUUGUGCUCCAUAAAAAUGGAGUAUAAAUAUGUAACUAUAUGUAUACAUAGGUAUUUAGUUUGUAUUUUAUAUUUGUAUUCAAUUCGCUUAGUCUAAGAUUGAAUAGUUAAUAAAUAUUUUGUAUACCAAUAA